AGUGAAUGUAUGGCUGUAUUGACAACAAUAACAGUCAGUGUCUCUCAUAUUCAGCUGUUUUUGUCAAACACUUCAUCAAACCGUUUGCCACCAAAUAGUCACUGAUUUGGCGUAUAUUUUGAGCGUUUAAUUCAUUUAUUUACAAUUUAUAUCAUAUAUUAUAUGCCAAUUGCACGAAAUUAUGUAUGCAUUAUAAGAUAGCCGUCAUAUGUAGUGAAUAUAGUGUAGAUAUAGACAUCAAUUGUGGUUUAAAUCAAUCGUUUGGUUGCCAUUCAUUUGAGGCAUUCAUUGGUCACUAAUAAUGGGUUACGACACCUCCCGAUUCGACGGUCCCGUCGAUGAAGAGCUCAUAUGUCCGAUCUGUUCCGGAGUUCUCGAGGAAGCACUUCAACCCGUCCCAUGCGAUGCCGGCUGUGGACUCGUUGUGCCCAAAGACGAGCUCAAG